AGAGAGGGAGGACUGAUUAUGGAAGGCAGGGAGGAGGAGAGAGGGAGGACUGAUUAUUGUUUGGAUGGGGAAUCCUCCUCCAUAAGGACUUCAGUUCAUCUCAACAGAAGAAUUAUACUUAGUGUCAUUAUCCAGUACAUUGAAAGUGGUGCAAGUGGCUGAUAUACUGCAGAAAUAAUAUGAGCAAUGUGAUAAUGUUGACUACUUUGUUGUCAGUACAUCCUGUAUACACUUUUAUCAUAAAGCUUGCCUCAUUAUUCUGAUAAUUACAUCUACACCUUCAACAUCCAGUGACUCGAACUUCACUUACUAUAAUACCGUAUUUAUAUUUAUAUAAAACUACAUGUACAGUAUUAUCAAAAUAUAUAAAUAUUUGGUUAGUGUUUUCAUAAGACUCAAAUAUAGUUAAAUGAAGUGUGGAGAUUUAUGUAAUAAUAUUUAUCUAUAUUCAUAAAAUAACAAUUAUCUUUUUGAACCAUUAUGCAGAUAUUUAAAAUGUAAACAGUAUUCCUGAAUUAGGUUCACAGAACUAUAUGGUAUAGGAAUUGCAUUUAUUGACUGUUGGAAGAAUAUUGCAAUGUAUAAUCUGUAUUACUUCAAAUAGUAACUGUGUGCAGAGGUUAACUGUUCACAUCAUGUGUGUGUGGCAUGAUUCUUUUCUUAUACAGCGCACACCCACUGUACUAACCUGUUCUCAUGCCUACGACAGAAUUUUCUGCUUAUUAAAUUUGAGGGCACUAUGAAUUAUAUACACUAGUAUGUUGUGAACAUUGAUCACUAUGAUGCACUAGUAUGUGAUACAGAGGUUAAGAGCGUGUGCACUCAUAUUGAUGUGCUGUCAUUAUUGUAUACACUGAUGUAGAUGUGCUGUUAUUAUAUUCACUUAUAUUAAUGUUAUGUGCUGUUAAUCAUACAAACAGUAACAAAUAAGAGUGUUAGUUGAUAAAAGAAAAUAUUGAUGCUCACAUUUUCUUUGCACAUUAAAAAAACUGCUGACAUGUGCCAAGUUGGUGAAUAAUGGUUAAUUUAAUGUGUAAUUAAAUGUUCUUUUUUAAAAAAAAAAAACUAAAUGAAAGAGUUUCCGAUAGUAAUAAAGAGAAAAUAUUAAGAUCGUAUAUAUGAUGACUGUGUGUAAAUGAUCUCUGAUAAAUUUAAUUUAGCUAAAUUUUUCAGAAGACAUGCAAUAUAUUAGGCUUCCAUAAGUAGAAAAAACAAUCAGUGUCUAAAUGACUUCCCAGAUAAAUAACGUAAUGAAAAUUCCUUCAAGAAAAAACACCCAUCAGUGUUCAGAGUGUUUAAAAGACUUUAAACAUAGAUCACACCUAAUAAUACACAUGCGAGUUCAUUCACAAGAAAAACCAUAUCAGUGUUCACAGUGUUUAAAAGGGUUUUCACAAAAAUCGCAUCUAAUACAACACAUGCGAGUUCAUUCACAAGAAAAACCAUAUCAGUGUUCAGAGUGUUCAAAAGAGUUUUCACAAAAAUCGCAUCUAAUACAACACAUGCGAGUUCAUUCACAAGAAAAACCAUAUCAGUGUUCAGAAUGUCUUAAAAAGUUUUCACACAAAACAACUCUCAUACAACACUUGAGAGUUCAUUCACAAGAAAAACCGUUUCGGUGUUCAGAGUGUCUUAAAGACUUUUCACGUAAAUCAGCUUUAAUACUACACUUGAGAGAUCAUUCAAAUGAAAAACCAUUUCAGUGUUCAGAGUGCCUAAGAGCCUUUUCACGUAAAUCAACUUUGAUACUACACUUGAGUGUUCAUUCACAAGAAAAGCCAUAUAAGUGUUCAGUGUGUCUGAAAGGCUUUUCACAAAAAUCAACUCUUACAACACACAUGAAAGUUCAUUCGCAAGAAAAGCCAUACAAAUGUUCCGAGUGUUUACAAGAGUUUUCACGUAAAUCAUAUCUAAUACAACACGUGAGUAUUCAUUCACAAGAAAAACCAUAUCAGUGUUCAGUGUGUCUAAAAGAUUUUUCACAAAAAUCAACUCUAACACGACACACGAAAGUUCAUUCACAAGAAAAACCAUACAAGUGUUCCGAGUGUUUACUAGAGUUUUCACGAAAAUCAUACUUAAUACAACACAUGAGAGUUCAUUCACAAGAAAGACCAUAUCAGUGUUCAGAGUGUUUAAAAAACUUUUCACUUAAAGCGACUCUAACGCGACACAUGAGAAUUCAUUCACAGGAAAAACCAUAUCAGUGUUCAGAUUGUCUAAAAAACUUUUCACUAAAAUCAACUCUUAUUCGACACAUGAAGGUUCAUUCACAAGAAAAGUCAUUCCAUUGUUCAGUGUGUCUGAAAGACUUUUCACAAAAAUCAACUCUAAAGCGACACAUGAGAGUUCAUUCACAAGAAUCACAUUAAUCAAAUCUAGUAACACAUGAGACGACAAAAAUGGUUAUAAUCAUUACAAUAAUUUUAAAGGAAUUGAUGGUAAGCCAGUGGGCGGCCCCAGUCAGAUGACCAAAAGCUUAAGCAGCUGCUCAUCAUAUGACCAAGACCCAUGUCAGGUAACACUUGUCUUGUUUCCUGACAAAUCUUGCCUAACCUAACAGAGUUUUUCAGUAAAGAAUCCUUUUCAUGGAGGAUUCCCUUGAUGCUGAUAAUGGGCUUUUGAUCCUGGUGUUUAAAUCUACCUUUCCCUUUCUUAGAUCAAAUGUGUUUACUUUUCUGUUUUUCCUAUCAUUCCCCAUGUGCUGUAGGAUUAUUAUGGCUUUAACAUUUCCCCAUGAAUAUGAUAAAAUAAUAAUUAUCUGAAAUUUAAAAUUUGUGAUUGUUUUCAUAAUCCUAAUGAAGAAGUUAUUCUAUGCUUUUGGGGAUCACUUCCUUCAAAGGCGAUGCAUUGACACCAGUGAAGGGCUCUUGAUCUAUUAAAUUGUAGACAUUCUUCACUUGGCUCAGACUUGAAUGCCUUCCAUUUUCCAGGCACUUUAUGACACCUAUGGAUAUAAUGCUUACUAUCUCAUUAAAUAAUUUUGAAAAUGAAAAUGAUUAUUUCCUUGAAAAGCUUACAAUGUGUGGUUUACUCUAUAUUGGCACAGGUUAUGGAGCAGUACAUUUUAAUAUACAUUAUUGCAUAUUGAUGUAAAAGUUAGGUAAUCAGAGUGAUUAUCAUUAAUUAGAUUGAUAAUAGUGAGGUAGUAUCAGACAUAUAAUAAUAUUACAGU